AUGCUCCCCUGGAACUGGUGCAUUGUGAGCCGCCCAUUCCGCCCGCUGUAUCCCCACGCCUGGAGCCGGAGAGAGCACCAGGAGCCUGGGAGAGCCCAGCCCAGCAUGGGGCUGGUCUCGUGGCUGGGCAGAGCCCUGCAGGGGCUGAGGGGCCGGAGGAAGGGCCCGGCACCGUGGUCCAGGGGCAGGCGGCCUCAGCAGAUGCGCUGGCCAGAGGAGGCAAGCGAGGUGUGGGAAUUGGCCCGCAGUGCUGGCGGCUUUGCGCUGGGCAUGGCCCUGGCCAGCCUGUACGGGGCUCUGGUGCUGCUGGCGCAGGGCCACAACGUCUGGUACUGCCUGGUCACCACUACCAGCCUGGGCGCAGGGCUGGGGUUGGGCAUGGCCUUCUCCGUCAAGGUGCGGGUCACCGUGCUGCUAUCGCUGCCCCACAUCUUCACCAGGGAGGGGAAGAUGCUGAUGCUGCUGCUGGCGCUGAGCAUGGCCGUGCAGGGCCCCUGCACCAACAUCCUGCACAACUUCUCCCAGGCCGCCGAGUCGCUGUCGUGCGGGGCCGAGCUCGCCCUCAACCAGACGGCUGAGCGGCUGCAACGCACCCAGGAGCCGCUGCUGAAUGUGCUGGCCAAAAUCAAGGACAUUGCCCAGAAAGCCAAGGUGGUAGGUGACCGCGUCCGCAAGUUCUUCCGCUCCAUCAUGGACUCCGUCAGCCACGUCGCCCGAGCCCUGCGCAAUGUCUGGCUGUGGCGGGCGAACGUGGGCAAGGUGUGCAACCAGGAGCUGGGCACGCCGUACCACCGCUGCCUGCGCCUCUUUGACGAGGCCAAGGACAACUGUGAGCGCGCUGUCCCCUUCCUCUUCUUCCUCUGCUAUGUCAUCGUCACCUUCAAGCCCUUCUGCGGUCUGGCCAAUGUUGCCCUCCUCUUCUGCGUCAUUCCGCAGUACAUCCAGUCCUUCCUCAAGAGUAAAAUCGCAGCCCCCCUCAGGGAUGCUCUGGACCGCGUCCGCCGGGAGUUUGAGUUCAACAUCUCGGCCGUGCACCGCUUCGACGUCAGACUCAACGCCAGCAAGAGCCUGGGGGAGGUGGCCCUGGACAUCAUGGAGGGCGUGCUCCUGCGCCUGGAGCCCACCCGCCAGGUCCUGGGGCUCUUCACGCACAUCUCCUUCUGCGCCAUCCUCUACAUGUACCUCCAGGCACUGCGGUACCGCUACCGGUACCUGCGGGACGACACCUUUGACAACAUUUACAUCACACGGCGCUUCGUGGAGCUGGACCUGUGGCGGGCUGAGCAGGGCAGACCCACCGUGCUGCCCCUGACAGCCUGGGAGCGCGGCCGCUACAUCCCCCCAGGCGGGCUGUGGCUGUCACGGCAGGAGUGGCGCCGGUACGGGCUGCAGCUGGUGGGGGUCCUGCGCCACAUGCUGCUGGGGCUCAGCAUCAUCCUGGCUGACUACAGCCUCUUCUGCCUCUUCUGGCUGCUCGACCUGGUCCGGCACCAGCUGCGGGGGGAGAUUGUCGCCAGGGCGCCAGCGGUGCUGGGUGUCAGCAUCAACGGGACAGGCUACACCAGCGAGAUCUUCCGGGACUUGGUCUCUGCCUUCGAUGCGCUGCAGCGGGGCAACAUCUCGGUGCUCUCCCAGCGCUGCCUCCUCCAGCCCGUGGAGCCCAACUACAGCACCUACCUCAGCAUGGGACUUCUGUACGGCAUCUGCCUCUUCAUCGCCGUCUUCGGCAGCCACGUGGCACGCCUGCGCCGGGUGGUGUGUGCUGCCUACUACCCGUGCCGUGAGCAGGAGCGCACGUCCUUCCUCCACGGCACCAUCCUGGCACGGCGGGCAGGGCUGGCACGUGCCCUGCGCCAAGCUGCCAUGCAGCGCACGGCUGAUGCCGGGCAAGGCAACCUGCUCCUCUUCCUCACCUCCAGGCUGCCUGCCUUUGCUCGGCUGGCUCGGCUCUUGGGCAUCCAGCAGAAACGCUGCUUGGCCUGUGGGAUGGCGGAGCAGCCGGACUUCGUUGCGUGCAUCACACCUGGCUGCAAAGGGCUGUAUUGCAGCGAGUGCUACCAAACCCUGAGCAACGUCUGCUCCGUCUGCAUGAGCCCCCUGAGCUACCGGGACACCAGGGACGAGGAGAUGUGA